AGUCCAUAGACCAUAAAUCUUCCUUUCAGAGGGAGCGGCAAAAUCUCUUCUCUUCUUCCAUUUUCCUGUUGGCUGUUGCCGUGUGGCUUAUCCGCUCGCAGUCAUCGUCUCCCUCCGACUCCCUCCCCUGAGUCCCUAACCUAAACCCACCAUCCCAGUCGAGGGAUUAGGCGAAGUAUUUUGAAGGGGCUGGGGAAAAAUGGCUGCUUCUUCUGGUAUCGGCGUUACUUCUUCUAUAUUCAAUGCGCCAUCUAUGGAGCUCGCUUCCAGAAGGGGAACAACAAGUCCCACUAUCACAUCCUCUUGCCUAUUCCCCCUUACAAUUCCGGAUAAGCCUCAUCAACUCCUCAGUUCUUCCAUAGCCAGCAGCCGUGGGAAUGGAUUGGGGAGACUUACGCUCCUUAUGGUAGAGGGAAGUUCCCGCAGGCAGAAUACGGUUCUUUCCGCCAUUGCUUCGUCAAAUAAUUCCCUCCUCAGUGAGCAGGCCUUCAAGGGUCUUGGUGGAAUCUCGGGUUUCGAUGGUGUCGAUAGUGAUGACGACGAAUUGGCAGAUGUUACAGUUGUUGCUGCUGCUGCUGAUACCGACGAACUUGCCCUUACCAAGCUGGGUUUGCCUGCACGUCUUGUUGAGGCCCUGGAGAAGCGUGGAAUUACUCACCUUUUCCCCGUUCAAAGAGCCGUUCUGGUUCCGGCUCUGGAAGGUCGAGAUAUCAUUGCUCGUGCCAAGACUGGCACUGGGAAGACUUUGGCAUUCGGCAUUCCGAUAAUUAAGCUCCUCACUGAAGACACUGAACUAAGAGGGCAACGACUGCGAACUGGCCGGCUUCCGCGACUUUUGGUCUUAGCACCUACCCGGGAGUUAGCAAAGCAAGUAGAGAAAGAAAUUAAAGAGUCUGCACCUUAUCUUAGCACCGUGUGUGUUUACGGAGGUGUUUCAUAUGUGACACAACAAAGUGCUCUUACCCGUGGAGUUGAUGUUGUGGUUGGGACUCCAGGUCGAAUCAUUGAUCUCAUUAAAGGAAACAGUCUGAAACUGGGGGAGGUUCAGUACUUAGUCCUUGAUGAAGCUGAUCAAAUGCUUUCAUUUGGCUUUGAGGAGGAUGUGGAAUUGAUUUUAGAAAACCUUCCAGCAAAACGGCAGAGCAUGCUUUUCUCCGCAACUAUGCCAAUUUGGGUCAAGAAAUUGGCCAGGAAAUAUUUGGACGAUCCUUUGCAGAUCGAUCUGGUUGGUGAACAGGAAGAAAAGCUUGCUGAAGGAAUCAAGCUUUAUGCUAUAACUACUACGUCCACUUCAAAACGUAGCAUGCUCAGUGAUCUUGUAACUGUUUAUGCAAAGGGAGGAAAAACUAUUGUCUUCACUCAAACUAAGAGAGACGCUGAUGAAGUCUCCAUUUCAUUGUCGAAUAGCAUAGCUUCUGAGGCUCUGCAUGGAGAUAUAUCUCAGCAUCAGAGGGAGAGAACGUUGAAUGGUUUCCGUCAAGGGAAGUUCACUGUGCUUGUCGCAACAGAUGUCGCAUCUCGUGGGCUUGACAUUCCGAAUGUCGAUCUGGUAGUUAUUCACUAUGAGCUUCCAAAUGAUCCGGAGACCUUUGUGCAUCGUUCUGGUCGUACUGGGCGUGCAGGGAAACUGGGAACUACAAUUUUGUUGUUCUCCAGCAGUCAAAGGAGAACCGUUAGAUCUCUCGAGCGUGAUGUUGGAUGCAGGUUUGAGUUUGUUGGCCCACCAGCCAUUCAAGACGUUCUAGAAUCAUCAGCUGACCAGGUGGUCGCUACUCUUCGUGGAGUUCAUCCCGAGUCUGCAGAGUGUUUUAUGCAAACUGCUGAAAAAUUGUUAGAAGAACAAGGAACAAAAGCCCUUGCUUCGGCUUUGGCACAAUUGAGUGGUUUCACGCAGCCUCCGUCAUCUCGAUCUCUUAUUAACCAUGAGAAGGGUUGUGUGACAUUGCAAUUGACUAGGGAUCCAAAUUAUGCUAGAGGCUUCCUUUCACCUAGGUCGGUGACUGGUUUUCUCUCUGAUGUAUAUCCUACAGCAGCAGAUGAAGUUGGGAAAAUAUUUGUAAUUGCAGAUGAAAAGGUUCAAGGAGCAGUGUUUGACCUGCCGGAGGAGAUUGCAAAAGAGUUGCUGAAGAUGCAAUUGCCUCCUGGAAACGUCAUUUCGAAGAUCUCCAGGUUGCCUGCAUUGCAAGACGAUGGACCCGUUGGAGAUCAUUAUGGCAGGUUUUCUAGCAGGGAUCGAUCUACUAGAGGGGGUUCAAGAGGCCAGGGGAGCUUCAGACCCCCGCGGCGUGGAGCUGGUCGAGAUUCUGAUGAUGAUUUCGGUAGGCGUGGCGGUAGAAGCCAAUUGAGGAGCAGUGGCGACAGUUGGCUGAUAGGUGGAAGGAGGUCGAGCUCAGAAUCAUCAAAUAGAGACAGAUCGUUCGGAGGUUCAUGUUUCACCUGUGGGAGAUCUGGACAUAGAGCUUCAGAAUGUCCUAGCAGGGGAGGUUAUUAGUAGUAUAUAUGACCAAGGUGAUUUGGCCAUGCGAACAACAACAAAGUGGUAGCUGCUGGUAAUCUUGGUUAUCUCAGGCUCUCAGCCAUAUAAUGAAUGGUACAUAUAUGCCAAGAUGGAGUGCGCUACAGGAAAGUAUACUGGAUACUGGGACUGAAUAGGCUUGUAGCUUAUGUUCUCUAGAAUCUAGAUAGAUAGAAUGGCUCUAAAAGAUGGGGGUAUUGGGAGAGUUGAAGAUAAUGUAUCGCCAUUUUCGUUUCAGUGUAAACUGUUCUAUUUAUUGACGAGUAUGAAGCAGGGUCUGUUCCCAAGUUGCAUGUUAUUGGCGAGCGAACACGCUGAGCUAUGAUUAUGUUGUGCAUUGUCUUUUUUCUGGGACAUAAUUUACAUCGAUAUCAAUCGAACGUACGCUUCACCAUUUUCUGCAAACCUAGUUGGAGAAGUUGUAGAUUAAGUUCGCAAGUAGAUGAGAUUCACCAUUGCAGAAGCGACGAUACUUAAGGGUGGAAGUUUCAGAUGUGCCCUGUUGCAUUUUCGAAUUGAUCAGGACGCUUCUGGCUGCCGCUAUUUGAAGCUCCAAACAAGGAUUACAUUCUGAGCCCUGAGGUACUACAUUCUCCAGUGAAUUCUCUUUUAUAGCGACAACUAAUUGAUGUAAUUGUAGGGCCACUUCAAGUUUGAACAAUACUUGCCUUUAUAAGUAGGGACCUGGAAAUGUGAGAAAAUAAUGAUUUUGCAGAAAAGAGUCGAACUUGUUGAAUUCAUCCCAUCCCAUGUUAGGCUAUACCAAUCAAUCAAAUGGGAGAUUGAGACAUCUUCCAAAGUACAACAGCAUCAAUCCUACUGAAGUCAGGCCCGCCGCUAUACAGCAAUAUCAUGUAAAACAUUGCCAACACCAUAACCUGAGAAAGAGUCCAAAGGUGAUGAAAAGGGACCAUCUCUAGACAUCAAAAUGGAACAAUGUCCCGCUUCAUUAACAUAACCUCCCGAUUCGAGCCCCAGAAACAAAAACCUCAAGCCUUCACUGCUGCCUGCCUCGCCCAGUUCUGAUAGCCCCAACUUCUUGGGCGGCUCUCUGUAUAACGAUACUCCAAAAUUUCUAACAACACUAACUAACUUGCUAAAGCUAAGUUUCUCGAGAUGUAGUCAGAUGCUCUCUACCACAUACACGAAAAGGAAUCUGGAUCUAACAGUUCAAAUACCUCGGCUCAUCACAGUUGAAAAAAUCUCGUCGAGAUAUCUUACAGUACCUUGUAUGCUUCUGUCUAGAUAUACUUCAAUCCUGAGAUAUGUUGCUGUCUCGAGACUAAAGACUGUGCUAUUGUAUAAAUAAUCCCCAGAACCCCCAAAAUCUUGAUCUUCAUCACGUCUGCUAUUAUUAUGGACGGCAGAUUGAGAGGCAGGGUGAUUAGAGGCGUGGUGUCAGCCUGUUUUGUGUAACUCCACACAAAACGAUUAAAGAGGAUAUGACUAGGGAAUGUAAGUAUGAGAAGUGCCAAGUUUUUUACGGCAAAGAACCAAUCCGGACCACCGAUUUCGAUGCUCCAUCCGCCAUUCCCAUGCCAUACGUCCUCCCAGAUGCUGAAUAGGGUGGUCAACACCAGGUAAACGGAUAUAGCCACCGUAACAGGGAAAUACCUUUGCUUGUCUCCAAAUCCAGCAACAAAAUCCGAGUCCUGAUUGAGAAGCAGCAAAAUGGGAGCUAAGAAGAAUAUAGCUUGGUUUGAUCCCCCUGUCAGAUUGACAUUCAAGAUCAGGCAUGUGGCAAAGCACAUAACAGUAGCAACAUUGCCUACUGCUGGCAUCCAUGCACCCUCAGCGGCCAUUCUUUUGAUGGUGAAGGUUGGCACAGUAGACACCCGGCGCUGCUGCAUGAACCUCAUUCUUGGGGCAAAACCAGAACUGCUUUGACUAGAUUGACUAUGUCGAAUGCCACCACUUUCGACUGAUUUCUCCCGCAUAAGUGAGGCGAGUUCAAAUUUGAUCUCCAAGGCUAUUAGCAUGAAGAUUGCUGCAUACAAGCCAAGCAAAGAAGUCCUGGCCCCUUCAACAGCCAGUAAAGUGGAGAACCUCCUGUCUUCCUCUCCCAAAUCUACACUAUCUCCAAGAAUGCUGUUAAUCCUUACCUGACCCUCCAACAGGUAAGUUACAGGGAAGAGAGCUACAAGCGAAGCAAACACCCAGGGUAGUAGCUUUGUGCUUGAAGCAGAUGGGAUGUGAGUGAAAACCACAAAGACAGAGGUGCAAACCAUUGCGACAACAACAAACACAUGUAGAACUGCAGCUUGAAGAAAGUACUCGGCUGAUAUGUAUACACCUAGAGCAAUGCCCAUUGCUAUGGAAUAGAAUGCUCUCAACUCUACAAUGUACUUGAUAGGUAUGAAAGAUGUCACGGACGCCAAUGUAAGCAAGAUUGCAAAGAUAAGUAGCCAUGAAGGCCAGGUAGGUUUCGAUGCAAUGAAGCCAUAGAUAGAGAUAUCAUCAGAAGAUUGACGAGCUGCUUUUAUCAUUUCGGAUCGGUAAGUCCAUGCCAUUGGAAUUGGAGGCUGCAUUAAGAUAAAUAAUACACCAGUUGCCACCACAAGCACUAUGCAUCUCUUGGCAGACUGGACAUGAGAGAAGUGCAGAGCAACAAUUGGGAGACAAGCCAACCCUGUCAAGACAAUGCAGAAGCCUAAAACCAAACCAUCUGAUGGAGACUUCCCAUGCCACCAUUGGAGGGCUUCAAAAAUUGUUUCACGGCAAAACCAGACUGAUAGAGCAACCACACUGGCAUGUGCAUAACCUUGCCAUGGUCUCAUCUUGGAGGACAUUCGGGUCUUAUCCCUGUAAAGGAGCAUGGGAGGAGAAACAGCAAGUAGAAGUAUGGCUGAAACCCAUACAACUGACUUUGAUGAUAUGAACAGCAUGGCUAACUUUGAAGAAUACAGGCAAGUCAAAAUCCAGACGGCCUUUGCCCCAAUUCGUUGGUCAACAGAUAACCUCCUUACUAAAGCCAAUCCCGCAAGUGUCGUGAUAAUAACCAUGUAGCUUGGGUACAUCAAAUCAUCCUCCAAUCCAUAGUAGUAUAUGCCCGAGUAAUUGAAAAAUCUGUUCUCGAUGUAGCACAGCAGCAAUGCAUGGCAGGUUAAACCAGCCUCGGCUAGAAAAUGAAGUUUUUGAGGGAGAAGGGCUAACCCAGGAAUAGCCAUGGCAAGCAUAACAUUAGCGACGAUCAGUUUACAAAAAGAUUUUAAGGCCAUGCCAGCCAACCAUAUGUUCAGGUCCCAGAAGUUAUGCAUCACAAACCAUGCAACCAUCAAGCUCCCAAGAACAACAAAGGAGAAGUAUGAUGGCAGGCUCUUCUUUGUGAAGAACCGAGCUAGAUAAAAUCCUGUAACUGAUGGCAAAGGAAGGAACUGUAUCGGGAACCCGACAACAAUUGCCCCAGCAGCACUAACAAUUACGGCCACAGAGGUGAAAAACAACGAGCUGAAAGCAUCGGAAACCAUUCCCAAUGCAUAUGCACCAGCACCAGCUGCUCCUCCAAGCAUUGUUGUGGUGACAAGAAGAUAAUUCAAAGGAGGCGGGACCUGAACGUAGCGGCCAAAGGAAUGGAAAACGACUCUGACUUCCAAUGCAACGAUGACCAGGAGCGCCAUUGACAAUGCGAAUGCUGUGAAGCUGUUGCGGGUUCUUGGUAACCCACCGAAGUGCUCCCCUGGUGGAGGCGUAGAGUUGAAGCAGGAAGGGAAUGAAGAAGAGCAGGAUCAAAUCACAGACGGAAGCAGCGGAUGAAAACAUGACCGAGUAAUGAGAGGCCACAUGAAACAUGAGCGGGAAGAACAGCAAGUAGAGUGUAAGGAAGCAACUCUCGACAGGGCUGAGAAUGAAGGUGUCAUCGGGAACCUCGCCACCGUGAUACUUCACCUCCUGCUUGGCCUUGAAGGAAGAAACGCGAGGGAUGGCGAAGAGCCAGUAGAAUACGCAGUUGAAGACCAUGAGAUAGUACGAGGCGUUGUUCAUACCGACGGCGGAGAUGGUGGCCCAAGCGAAGAUGGAGGAAGCAAUGAAAGGCAGGCAGGCAAACAGGAGCCGCUCGAGCGCGAGGACGAUGCUAGGGUUCUCGAGCUGGAUCCACUUGAACUGGAGCGAGGCCCAGACGCCGAUGAGGAAAUUGGCCUGGGAGCAGAGGAAGGAGGCGAGGAGGCCGAGGGGGACGGAGCUGAGAGCGGAGACGAGGGAGGACGAGGUGAAGAAGAAAGCGACCUGAGAGGCGAUCAGUGAGAGCCAUACUCCGAAGAAGGCAGCGGACUUGAGGUCGAGGGAGUCGAGGAUGUAGGAGAGCAUGAGGCCUAGAGUGAGGGUAGCCACGACGGGGGAGCCGCCGAGAUCAAGGAGGAAGGCGGCGCAGGGGACGAGAGCAACGGCGAUUCUGGCGUUAUGAGAGAAGGAUGAAGGGGAGAAUCGGGAUCUUGAGGCGGAGGUGGAGCGGGCGCCGGCAGGGAAGUGAGAGUUAGGGGCGGCGGUCGCGGCGGCGGAUUGUUCGGGGGAGUAAGGACGGCCAUCGUCGUUGAAGGAGGAGAAAGAUGGGGCACUGAGGGAGGAGGAUAUGUAGGGGCGGAAGAAUCGGGGCUGGAGCUCCGGCGGUAGCAUUUUCGGCUGUGCAGACAAUCACAAUUAUGGGGGAGAAACCUGAGAAGAUAGAAUUAAAGGAUCGAUUAGGACAGAUAGCAAUAACCGAAUCAGUUCACAGGAACGGAUUGCU